AUUCUGCCACCGCCCCACCCCUCCGGCCCAGACCGGAGAUGAUGUCAGAGGGGGAAACUCCGGCGGGGAGGCUGGCCCCCAAAAGCGGUGCCAGUUGGAGGUGGCUGCGGCAGCCGAUGUGGCCUCAUGGAUGAGCUGGUGCAUGACUUAGCCUCAGCCUUGGAGCAGACAUCUGAGCAGAAUAAGCUUGGUGAGCUGUGGGAAGAGAUGGCCCUGAGCCCUCGCCAGCAGAGACGCCAGCUUCGGAAACGGCGGGGCCGGAAGCGCCGGUCUGACUUUACUCAUCUGGCGGAGCACACCUGCUGCUACAGCGAGGCCUCUGAGUCCAGUCUGGAUGAGGCCAUUAAGGACUGUCGAGAAGUUGCCCCUGCCACCAAUUUCAGUGAUUCCGAUGACACAAUGGUAGCCAAACAGCACCCAGCUCUCAGUUCCAUUGUUAAGAGUAAGCAACAUUCUUGGCAUGAAUCUGACUCCUUUACUGAAAAUGCACCCUGUCGGCCACUCAGGCGCCGGCGGAAGGUGAAGCGAGUAACUUCAGAGGUGGCAGCCAGCCUUCAGCAGAAGCUGAAGGUGUCAGAUUGGAGCUAUGAGCGAGGCUGCAGGUUCAAGUCGGCUAAGAAGCAGCGUCUGUCUCGCUGGAAGGAGAAUACUCCCUGGACCUCAUCAGGCCAUGCCUUGUGUGAAUCGGCAGAAAAUAGGACUUUCCUAAGCAAAACAGGAAGGAAAGAAAGAAUGGAAUGUGAAACAGAUGAACAAAAGCAGGGCUCUGAUGAGAACAUGUCAGAAUGUGAAACCAGCAGUGUGUGUAGCAGCAGUGACGCCGGGCUCUUUACCAAUGAUGAAGGACGGCAAGGGGACGAUGAACAGAGUGACUGGUUCUAUGAAGGAGAAUGCGUCCCUGGAUUCACUGUUCCUAAUCUUCUGCCCAAGUGGGCUCCUGAUCAUUGUGCUGAAGUAGAAAGAAUGGAUUCUGGGCUGGAUAAACUUUCAGAUUCUACAUUCCUUUUACCUUCUCGGCCUGCUCAGAGAGGGUACCACACUCGCUUGAAUCGUCUGCCAGGAGCUGCAGCUCGAUGCCUCAGAAAGGGGCGAAGAAGGCUGGUUGGGAAGGAGACCAGCGUAAGUACUCUGGGUACUGAGAGGAUAAGUCAUAUCAUCAGUGACCCCCGGCAGAAAGAAAAGAAUAAAGCGUUGCCAUGUGAUUUUCCUCACAUUUCUGCUUGUGCGCAUGAGUUGAAUCCCCUCUCUCCCCUUUACUCCUUGGAUGUUUUUGCUGAUGCUUCUCACCGAAGAUGUUCACCAGCGCACUGCUCUGCCAGACAGGCAAGUGCACACUGGGGACCCCCAUGUUCACGUGACAUCAAGAGGAAACGGAAGCCAGUGGCCACAGCAUCUGUGUCCAGCCCCAGUGCAGGUCACAUGGAUGCAGUGGAACCGGUAACCCUAGCGACACAAGGCCGGAAAUCUCCAAAUUCUGAGUGGCUGGUCCGGACCUCCGCAGCAGACAAAGCCAGUGACUCAACUACAGCAACAUUUUUUAAAAUGCCGCAGGAGAAGAGCCCUGGAUGCAGCUAGAGAGCUCGGGUUUUCUCCCACUCCCCGGAGCUGGCUGUGUGUGUUUUCCAGUCUCGUGGAUCUCAGUGGACUUUCCCAGUCCUUUGACCUCCGGACCGACUCCCCUGCACGCACAGCUGCCAGCUCUCUUUGAAAGGCAUAUUGUGGAAACCUUUUUAUUUCUUUUUAAUUAGUAAAGGGUCAAGGCAGCAGUUUCCUUUUUUUAAAGGUUGUUCUCUGCUUUGUGAGUUAACUUAUUGCUAUCCUACCAUUCACCUACAGCUCUUUAUAGAGUUGUUGCUUUUUGCAGGUUUGUCUUUGUUCUUAAAAAACUAGUGACUGCUUUUGCACACUCUUGUGUACAGCUUUUGGUGCCAUUUGAGGAAGGCAGCCAGGCCAAAUUCCUACAGGGAAAUGUGUCUGCAGCAGAAGAGGCCUACCUGGAGCCAAGUCUUGAUUCUCAGAGUACCAUUAAGGCAGAUAUGCAAGUUCUCAAUUUGGAGCCUCGAAAGAGACAACAGGAGCAUAGGCCUUGGGAACGUCUUUGAUUUUUCUGUGGAUGGUCUGAUGGGGACACCGGCAGCUGCACUGUACUUUACCUCGUCUUCAGCGUUUAAAAGUUCUAUGGAAAGAGAACACAUCUAUACACACAGACAGGUGUAAUGAAGAAGAUGGUUUAUGUCAGUGACUGUUGCAGGAAUGCAAGCAGUCCCCUGCAGCACAUGCGCCAUAGGUUCAGCACGACUGGCUUAGCACAGCAGACUUAAGUAGGCAGCAGAGUAUGUCUUGCUACUCCGUGUCACAGUGUAAGCCUUUAUGUCCUGAGUGGGACUUUAUUGUUAGUGUUAUAUAUAGGUCAAUGACCUGCAGCAGAACUUCAUACUCUAUUAUAAUAAUAGCUUCUUGGGGCUAUGCUUUGGGGAGGAAAAAUGUCUUUUUGACAUGCCUUUGUACUCGGCUUGUUUAUGACAACUCAGCUGCGCGUCAAGUUAUAUAUACAGUAGUGCCUGAAGUCAGAUGCUACUUUGUCAAAAUGAGGAAUCAGUGACUGCCUGGAGCUGUGGGAGAAGAGCCACACUUUCUAAAAAGUAUUACCAGGAGUGUCUGUCAUUCAGGGGCUUGGUUGACAGAAGAGUUCUUUUUUUUUUUUUUUUUUUUUUUAUGACUCGAGUGCUUUUACUCUGAAAUACUUGGAGCUGUUUGCUAACUGCUUCCUGCUCUGGUCAUCUGGAAAAAGAACAUUCACCCUGCACCUGGAUGUUUUGUUCCACACAGGUGCUGAGAGGGAUGCACCUUCUCUCCCCAAAGUGUGAUGGCCCCUUCCUCCGUCACAAAAGUAAUUCAUAGAGGGUGGUUCUAUCGUGUUCCCUUUAAAAAUUACUAAUCAGCAGAAGCUGUAGAAUUGCUUUAUCAAGGAAGUAGGCAGGCAGGUGGAUGUGAAUCAUUGGGAUGGAGGAUUAGAAGAAGUGGUGCUUUAUGUAAAACCGGGAACAUGUCAGUUGACCAACACAAGGAAUAUGGUGGAUGGAGAGGGGAAUGGAGGUUGUGGGGGAGGGAGAGAGUACAGAGGCCAGCCCCGCAGCCUGGAAUCGUCCCUGGUUCUCAUGUGGCAGUGAAUAUACUGAUGGUGUCAAGACUGCACUUCCCUUCCCUAUGGGCUGCACCCACAGUAGAAGUGUCAUGUCUGCUGGAUACACGGUAGCACUCCUGACUCAUUGUGAUGAUAAAGGUACAUCUUAUGUCUGUCAUAUGCAGUGUCACCUAGUACUCCCAGUGGUCUUCGGCACAUACUUCUAACAUGCUUGUUUGGAUUUAGGGAACAAAUUUAUGGACACAACUCUUUCUUUGUGUUGAAUUGUGUGGCUCAUGCAGAGAUUAGUCCUGCGACCAUGGUCUGUUACACCCUCAGAUGCAGAGGUAAAUCCAGCAUCUUUCCUUCGUGACCUAUUGCCUAUUUCUCCCAUUUUUUACCUGUAACUUAAAGUAAUUUAUAUAUGCAAACUUAUUUACAUUUUAAACAUUUCUAUAAAGUCAUACCAUUUUACAGAGUUGAAAACAGAGCUGAGUGACUUGCCCAAAAUCAAGUGACCAAACCUGGACUAAAAUUCUAUACUGCAUUGUUUUUCAUUGGUUGACCUGAGCAGUCUGAGACCAACAUUUACAAAAUGAAUGUUUAUCAUUUUUCUUGGCCAUGAUUUUCUAUAUAUUUUGAAUACUUUCGACAGAGAUCACUUAAGAAUGUAAUAAAUAGGAAGAAAAUGAGUUGCCUGAGAGACUAGAAUAUUAAGCACACAAAUACUUUCCAACACAGGGUUGUAAACUGCUCUCAUUUUAAGGUGCUGAAUAUGCAUGGUUAAUGAAUUAUUAAUUUAUUCUGCAUGGAUUUUUUUGUAUUAAUCAAUUUGGGGGACUAACCUUAGAAUCAAGUGUAUUUUAAAUCCUAAAUCUUAAAUUUCCUUUUUAUAUGGCAUAGAUAUAAUGUUACAAAUUAAGCAAAGUCUGUUACAUUUCAAGAUAGUUUCAAAAUGAGAUUUUAUAAUUGUGUUGAAAAAACUGAGCAUGACAUUUGAUGAUAAUCAUUGAUCACGUGUUUGAUCUGCUGAAAAGUCUCUCUGAGGGGGUUCCAUAUUUUUUAUUUCUAAUUCUGAGUUGUCCUCACUUGCUGUACAAACUGUCUGAAUCCUGUUGAUUUCCCACAGUGGGCAAAAAUCAAGACAUUAUCUACUUGCAUGAGAACCAUUCAUAAAAACUUGUUUUACUUAUGAAUAUAAGAGUAUUUGAAAUUAUUCAUAUAGUUUCACUUAUGAAUAUAAGAGAACUUGAGAUUAGUUUUCAGAUGGAAUAUUUUAAAGGAACAAGUUCAUUUAUAUCAAAACUCUUGUUGCUUUUUGGUAAGAAUUGUUGAGAAAUUAGUAGCUGUACAGUUCCAGAUUUGAAGAGGGCAGAAAAUAAUUUUACGAAUGGAAGUGCUUGGGAAAUAGUCCACAGUUAGUCUUCUUUAGAACUCAUUUGCAGUUAAACAUUUCCACUAACGUUGUGCUGCUGGACAAUGAAAUGGGCUCUAAGCAAGGCAGUGCUCGAAGCUAAAUAUGCAAAGUGGAAAUGUAGCUUCUUAAACUGUUUUGUUAUGAGUGGCAGCCUUUGGUAAGAAAAGCAACGCCUAGGACAAGUAAUUCAAGUAGGAAUCCCAAGUAGGUUAAUCUGAUUUAUCUUCAUUUUGGAAUUAGAGAUUGUACAUGUUCCCUUCGCAGUCUGGGAAGUUCUCAUAGUGUCAAGAUAUGAAAGCCACGUGAAGUUGAAAAGUUCCGACAGCGCUGAGAUGAGCCAGGCUUUGGUAGUGUGAUGGGUUCUUCACUUAGUCUCCAAGAGUCGGUUCCUGGUAGUAUAUAUUCAUUCCAGGUUUUUGCUUAAUUUUCACUUCAUUGCUGUGGUUCUGAGCGACACAUUCCCCACUGUACCUGUUAGGAGGCUAUGCAAACAGGUCAGCAUCAGAAGCUGUAGUCGGUGUCCAGCAAGCUGAGCACAGACUGACCUGCUCCAGCAGUUAGGGAUGCACUCUAGGGGAAGUUUAGCUUAGAGCACGUGCCAUGUUGGUGGACGGUGGAGGGAUGGCAGAAGCACUUUGUCCUUGUCAGCUGCUUCCUUUGCUAAUACUUCGGCCGCCAGUUGUGCCUGUCAGUUAUUUCCUUCUUUCUUGCUCCUAUUGAGACAGCAGCGUUAGCAGUGCUGACAAUGGUCAUGACUUGUUCUAAUCCAUCAGAAGGGAGGGGUGAGGAAAAUGGUAAGCGCCACCACCAGGCCCGAAACACAAGUGCCCAGAGAUGCUGUCUCCUCGGUCCAGAUCACAAGGAGAUGAAUGUCCAGUGCCUGGAAACAGCAACACGGAGGAUAAAUAAGAUGAGCAGUAUUUCUGAAGACUGCAUUAUAAGCCCAACAAAAUUACAUAUGACCAGAAAAAAAUUUCCUGCAAGUAGAUAUAUCCGCUUAGCAAAAUCACCAGAUGUGGAGAGUAAAAGUUUUUCAAGUACAGUGUUGAAGAAUAGGGCCGAUCCUGAAGAUGUUUACCACGAAGCAUCCAGCUUGAUGAGGUGGGGAGACAAAAGAGUGGAGCGUGGAGCAGGGCUUCUGAAAGCUUGGUCUCGGCCAGCAGCGUUCUCCCCCAACCUGUCAUCCUGAGUCAGAAGCAGGGUGAGCUGCGGGCUUUAACAAAACGCCACAGGAGGCUGGCACACUAAAGUUUGAGAACCUUGGUAUGCCACAGUUUAAAAAAUGCUUUUCAUGUGCUGGUAUCUUAGCUAAGCUCCAAGUUGCUGUUCUGUUUUCCUCUGUAACUAAAGAAAUGUUUUGUGUAUGAUUCCUUGCAUAAAUUGUUAACGUCUUUAUCUUCCACAUUUUUUCCCACAAGUUCUUGAAAAAUUGAAAGUAUUAACCAAGGACAGUGUGGAAGACAAUGCCAUCAAAUCCCUAUUUAAAUGGAUGGAAAUUACUUUUUAAAGAAAUACAAAAGUACAGCAGAAAAUUUUGAGUCUUUGAGUGAUGGUCCUUGUUCAUAAUCGACAGUAAAAAGAGUAUUUGUGUAAGAUCCUGCCACUCCUGAGUUUACUGUAUUUGCUCGUUGAGUCUUAGUUUUAAGGCAAAGUACAUAUUUUCCAGCAUCAUAAUAAUCACUUCUUUAAAGUGUGACUCAUAAAGUGAAAAAAUAAUUGGGAGAAAAUCCUAUCUUGUAUAAAUAGCAGAUAUGUAAUAAAUACCUGUUGAGUUUUUUAUAAUGUGCUAGGACUUAAUCUCAGUACUUAAGAGUAUGCAAAAAUCAAUUUUCUGCAAUCCCACUUACACUUUAUUGUCUUAGUUUUACAUUUCAGCUAGUUGAGUCUGCAGGGGUUAGGAGCCAACAGCAUUAUGCUGAUUUUGUUGUCUGACUUGGAUUAAGUAUUUCAGAAUAUCAUAUUCUAACCUUAAAAUUUUGGAAAGAAAUCUUGUAGUUAGACUGGGUCCUGGCUUAUUGGCAAAGCCCCCAAACCCAUGUUCUUUUAGAAAACAGACAGGCUCAGGAGUUUGUGUGUUUGCACCAGAUAGUGUUCAGCAGCAGUGUUUACUUAGAUGUUUGCGUUAAGCUGUUUUAGCCAUCAUAUAAAUUCCUACAGUUGUCUUCUUUAAAAUCCUUUACAAUUUUUCUCUCCCAUCUUAAACACCAUUUAAAACUACCUGUGUCCCAAAAAAGUCAGUUACUAGUUAUCAAAAAAAUCUUUUGUGUUUCUUUAGUGUCAUUUCUGAUCUUGCAAACUUCUCCCUGAAUGUUUUGCAUUAAAAAAAAUGAAAAUACAUUAUCUUGAGAACUCAAAAAUAGCUAUGGUAGCUUUAAGUUAAAAUCAGUCCAUUUCACUAUGGAUAGAUUCUACAUCUUGUUCCUCUCCAUAGACCAAGGAGAAAAAAAACCACAGAGCAAUCCGAUGCCAGCAGUUUAAUUGCUCAGUAUAUAUCCCAAGUUCCACCUAUUGUCAGCUGCUUUUACAAAUUGAUGGUUCAAAACCCUCGCGGUUCCAUCUUGAGUUCAUUAGUUCUGCUGUCCACUGAAACUGGUUUUAACCCUCGCUGUGCAUUAGGAUCACCUGGGUUCUUAAAAAAAAAAAACAAAAUUCCCCAGCUGAAGGACAGGUUACUUCAGCACAAAGCAGGGUGGGGUGGGGUAGGGCAUCCUUCAGUCUUAACUGCAGCAGGAGCUGAGAGGCACUAGGCAGAAACCUGUCCACCAUCCUCACCAUCGUUCAAAUUAUUCUUACUUGGUUCAGUGGUGACUUUUAGCUGCCAAAAUUUCGCCCUUAGGUUGAUCUUUAUGGUACUGGUAUUUAUAACUACUUUGCCAAGAGAGCAGGUUAGAAGUGGGAGGAAUUUAAAAAAGGAAGUGUUUUGCUCUUCAUUUCAGGGGGAAGAUGGGUUGCUAGUCUGGCACAGGCAAGAUGUGUGCCUCUGCCUUCACUUGCAUUACUUUGAGUAACACCUACAUGCUACAAAUUCCUUUGGUAUGCCACCUUAGUGCUGCAACUUAAAGCAGCGACUCAUAGGGAAACGCUUAGGUUUAUUACUUAUUGCAAACUUUGAGGAAAGCAUACUCCUGCUUCCUUUGCCUCCACUGUUCCUCCAAAUCCUCGUACUAAAGCAGGAGAAAUUACUAGUCAGAUUAGAAUAGAAUCCAGAAUGCAUUGCCCUGGUGCCUACUCGUGGGUGGAGUGGCAACUCAUGACAAGUCAGCGUUAGACUGUGUCCCUCAAAGUCCAGGACAGGUGAAUCUGAGUAGUCAUGUCCUAGUUGUAUGAAGUGAAGGUGAGAUCUUCAGGAAUGUUCUAUUGGGGAUGGGAAAAUUCCUCAAGUCCAGGAAGGUCCUUUGGGGACUGAAUGACCAAUAAAAGAUAAAUCUGGUAGA